UGACACUCAUGUGGAGUUCGGCUGCCUGUUGCAUGCCAUGACUGCGUUUUACCGAAUACUCCUCCUGUUAGCUGUGGCUGUGGCCUCUGCGGCAACACGCAGGUCCCAGCGGACAAAAAGAGGUUUACUGGAGCUGGCAGGAGCCAUCAAAUGCAGCACAGGGAGAUCUGCCUUGGCUUACAUGAUGUAUGGAUGCUACUGUGGACUGGGGGGUCAAGGCUGGCCCAGGGACAGGGCAGACUGGUGUUGCCACAGACAUGACUGCUGUUAUGGAGAUGCAGAACUACUUGGCUGUCAAACCAAAACAGACCAGUAUCAGUGGACGUGUGAGGACAAGACAGCUGAGUGUGAUGACUUGAAAGACAAAUGUGAAAAGUUGCUGUGCAAGUGUGACAGAGACGCUGCCAAAUGUUUGAGAAGAGCACCUUUCAUCCGGAAAUACGCCCUAUGGCCAGAUUUUCUCUGUGGUUAUGUACAUCCAAUGUGUAAUAUUUACUGACGCAUUAAAUGCAUCUGCGUGUCCUGUGUGCCUUCUGUAAAUAAGACAUGUAACAGUAAUAA